GUAUAUAUAGGCCGCGUCUGCAUGGUACAGUUGCAUGCAAAAGGAGUAGAGUACGUGCUCCAACUGUUUCGUAGCUACCUGAGGAGUGUCAGCCAGCUGCUCGAAGAUGGCACGGCAAAAUGCUGCCUCGGCGCUCGCCGCGGCGUUGGUCGUCGGAGUCUUCGCACCCAUCCUUACCGUGGUGCAAUCCAUCGGCGUGUGCAACGGGAUGCUCGGCGACAACCUGCCGUCGCGGGCCGACGUGGUGCAGUUCUACCAGUCCCAGGGCAUCGGCGCCAUGCGCAUCUACGCGCCGGACCCCGAGACGCUCCGGGCCCUCGACGGCACCGGCAUCGACCUCAUCAUGGACGUGGGCAACGGAGACCUCGCCGCCCUCGCCUCCGACCCUGCAGCCGCGGCCGGUUGGGUCCGGGACAACGUGCUCGCCUACCCGGGCGUCCGCGUCAAGUACGUCGCGGCCGGCAACGAGGUGGACGGCGGCGACACGCAGAACAUCCUCUCGGCCAUGAAGAACCUCAACGACGCGCUCGCCGCGGCCGGCCGCGGCGACGUCAAGGUGUCCACCGCGGUCAAGAUGAGCGUGCUCGCGUCCUCCUCGCCGCCCUCCGACGGCACGUUCAAGGACGCGUACAUGACGGACGUGGCCCAGCUGCUCAAGACCACCGGCGCGCCGCUCCUUGCCAACGUGUACCCUUACUUCGCCAAAAAGGGUGACCCCACCAUCGACCUCAGCUACGCGCUCUUCCAGCAGAGCGCCACGACGGUGAGCGACAACGGCCUCACCUACAUCAACCUCUUCGACGCCAUGGUCGACGCAAUGCACACUGCGAUGGAGAAGGUGGGCGCAGCCGGCGUGCCCAUCGUGGUCUCCGAGAGUGGGUGGCCGUCGGCAGGUGGCGUCGAGGCGAGCGUCGGAAAUGCGCAGGCGUACAACCAGAAUCUGAUCAACCACGUCGGCAAUGGAACGCCAAAGAGGCCCGGGCCGCUGGAGACGUACAUCUUCGCCAUGUUCAACGAGAACCAAAAGGACGGGGAUGAGACGGAGAAGAACUUUGGGCUGUUCAACGGCCCCGAUAAGUCGCCGGUGUACCCUCUAAGUUUCAACAAUUAAUUAAAGACGGAAUGCAUAUUCAUGCCUGCAUACGUAUCUACUACCGCGAUCUCAAUAAGCCGCAAAAUAAUUCAUGCAAACACUUAUUAACUAGGUAAGAUCGGUGAUAUGAAUAAGACCCAUUAUGUUGCAUAAAGGAUCGUUUCUCCUUCCGUACAAAAAUGUUGUUAACUUGGGAUGUACAGCGUUUGAUUUCACGUUCAAAUUUGACUGAUAUGCCACUGAAAUUGUGUUGAUGGAAUAGUUAAAUCAUACCACGUCCUACCUUUUUUCUUAGAACAUAACACGUCCUACCUAGUUUUACACGGUGUCUGGUCAACACAAGUCAAACAUGACCAAUGAAAGUCCAAACAAGCCCAUGAUCAACAGAAGUCACAGACACAAGUCCAUAUAGAACGUCUUGGUCGACAAGUAAUAGUUAUUCUUCACCCCUCUAUUUUAACAUCAACACAUCGUAAUUUUACGUUCCGUUAAUUUUGUCUUAUUUUAGACGUAAAAAGAGAAAUUAAGAAAAUAUAUAAUCACUGUAAAAAAUAUUUUAUAUUAUGUAAAAUUAUAAACUUAAAAAUAUAUAGUAUAAAAUAUACAUAAAAUGCAUUUUUUAUGGUCCGAUGACCUAAAUUUUUGCUUUCAUACACACACACACAAUAGUAAAUACUAGUAAUUUGUAUGUGCUUUGCAAGUUAGAUUAUUAUGUGUGAUCACAAUACUAAAUCAUUUAAAUUAUAAGUAAAUAUCAUGUAUUAUAAUAAAAUUAUCAUGUUGGGAACUCGUGGAUUGUUGUUUACAAUUCGUAUCAAAUCACGCUAGCACAAUGAAUUUCUAUAUGAAGAGUGCAUUAGAAAAAAAUUGUUUUAUUCCAAAAAGAAAUGCUAUUGACGCGUUUGUGAAAUCUUCUAUUUUUUAAAUUCAAACUUAAAAUAUAGAUAAAAUUAGUUUGAUGUUAUAAUUUUCACCUUUCCAAACUGUGCGUUUUCUUAUAAAAACUAUAUCAUUAAUGUGUUCUCGACCGCACGACGCUUUAAAUCACUUAACAUCCCAUUAAGAAAAUUAAAAUAAAAUGUAAAUCUAAAACUAAAUUUCCUUCGGGUCGUUUGAAUAUUUCUCUCAAGUGAACAACAAUAUUGCCAUGGUUACAAUUUUUUCUACAGUGUACUUUUUUCUGAGAAAAAUAAAAGUGCUUCUGUGCAUGCAUUCAACAUUACUCAUGCGAGAAGC